UUUGAUUUUAUCAAGACACACUCUGAGGGAGAAGCAGACAUCCAAGUUAUGCCAGAUGCCCCAAAGGAGGAAAGAUCCUUCUGAACAGAUAAUUUUCACCUAUCUCAAUCCAAUCCCUCCCUUGGUUAUACUCUCAAAGAUAUUGUUACAUGCACUCAGAUCGAAGACAAGGGCAUGGAAAAUUACUCUCUUACUAACCAAAUUGAAAGUAUUCCUCCUUUUGAAGGCGAAAAUACUAUUUCAGGUAAUACUACCUUUAAAUUUAACAUCACAAAACUCAUUGUAAUCAUGUUUUGGCGCAGAGAGAGACAAGGAUCCGCUAAAAAUGCAUGAGCAAGCCUCCAAAGGGAUUUAUAAAAUUAUUCUCAGGAUGUUCAGAAGAUUUUACCAUAAAUUCUUCAUCCAGCAGAAUAAGGGUCUGGUUAAGAAGAGGUUUCGUAGAUGCCACUCUCACGAAAUCUUAGAAGCCUGCAGAGAACUCUUAAACAAGUACCUUAACAUCGAGCCUAGUGAAGACUUCACCAGGUUCUUGUUCAGAAUUCUCAGAAUAAAUACUAAGGACACAUUGGAGUGAGUUAACAGUCACGACAAGGAUGCGAUUGACAUUAGCAUCAACAUGAUAAGUUUUUCAUUGAAAUAGGUUUGAAAGAAGCUUUAGAAAUAAGUAUUUCAGAAUCCUCUUCCUUAAUAUCCUUGAGGGAACUCUUCCUGAUUCUCAAUCCAAAUGAAUUGACUUAUUUUAUAAUCAUGAAGUCAAGAUUAUAUCAAGAAGUUCACAAUACCAAAAAGCGUUGAACUAUAUCACCCAAAAAUGCAAGGAAAAUGAUCCAGUGUAAUAAUAUUAUGAAUAAUCUUGUAUCUCCUAAA